CAGGCUGAGGCUCUCAGCAACCCUGUGCAACCAAGCAGCUCCACAUCCACCUGAGUCACCUGGAGAAGGACACAACUGACCUACCUGAGCAAAUGAGGCCACAGGCACUUCCGGGGCUGUCAAACCCCACCUCCAGCUCUCAACAGCUCCGCCCUCCCCGCCCCAGGGCUACCUGUUAGACCUGAGCCACAGUGGGGUGGGCAGCUCUGCAAUACAGGCAGGUGAGGCUCUCUGCCGGCAGCUGGGCCGCCCAACCAUGCUGUGGGACAUUUGGGCACGGUGGCUGGCCGGCAAGGGGCUGCCCCUUGUGGGGGCUGCACUGCUGCGGGAGAGAGAGAGGAGGGAGCCACAAUGGAAGCACCCGCAGCGGGAAACCCACCCCUAUUAUGACCUCCAGGUGAAGGUGCUGAGAGCCAGAAACAUCCAGGGGACAGAUCCAUUGUCCAAAGCCGACUGCUAUGUGAAACUGUGGCUGCCCACAGCAUCCCCUUGCCCUGCCCAGACUAGAAUGGUAGCCAACUGCAGCGACCCUGAAUGGAACGAGACCUUCCACUACCACCUCCAUGGUGCCGUGAAGAAUGUUUUGGAACUCACCCUCUGCGACAAGGAUGUCCUUAUCAGUGAUACGCUCUCCCAGCUCCUGUUUGACCUGAGCAGUCUCGAACCUGGCCAAUCCCACAGGCACACCUUCUCACGUAACAGCCAGGACUCGCAAGAGUUGCAGGUGGAAUUUGUCCUGGAGAAGAGCCACGUGCCUGCGUCCACAGUCCUCACCAACGGGGUGCUAGUGACCCAGCCGUGUCUGAAGAUUCAGGGCUCCCUUGGCAGAGAUGGGACGGCCUCACUUUGGGACAAUGGUCCUGCCCAGAUCCAGCUGGCAGUGCCCGGGGCCUAUGAGAAGCCCCAGCUCUUACCCCUGCAACUUGCCGAGGAGAAGGGCCCUGCACCCACCUUUACCUUCCAUGUGAACCCAGUGCUGCGCCCCUGGCUGGAGGUGGAGCUGCAGGAGAAGCGGACGGUCCUGCAGGAUGACCCAAGCUCUGAGCUGGAGGCUGAGAGCCGCAUGCUGGGCAAGGAGGACAUCCCGCUGUCUUCUCUGCCCCUGGGCCAGGAGGAACGACAUCUUGUGGUCCUGGGGGAAGGCCUGGAAGUGGUGCUGAGCAUGCGGGCAGAGAUGAGCUCUGGGGACCUGGACCUGCGCCUCAGCUUUGACCUCUGCGAUGGGGAGAAGGAGUUUCUGGACAAGAGGAAGCAGGUGGUGUCCAAGGCCCUGCAGCAGGUGCUGGGACUGAGCAAGGCUCCGGAGAGUGGCCAGGUACCUAUAGUGGCUGUUUUGGGCUCCGGGGGUGGAACCCGAGCCAUGUCUGCCCUGUAUGGUAGCCUGUCGGGGCUGCAGGAGCUCGGCCUCCUGGACACUGUGACUUACCUGAGUGGGGUCUCUGGGUCCACCUGGUGUAUCUCCACUCUCUACAAGGACCCAGCCUGGUCGCAGAGGACCUUGGAGGGCCCCAUUGAGCAAGCCCGGGCUCGGGUCUGCAGCAGAAAGUGGGGGGCGAUGUCUCCAGAGCGACUUCAGUACUACAUCCAGGAACUAGGGUCCCGAGAGAGUAGUGGUCACCGCACGUCCCUCGUCGACCUCUGGAGCCUCCUUAUAGAGUACUUUCUACACCAGGAGGAAAACCCUGCCAAGCUAUCUGACCAGCAGGAAGCAGUCAGCUGGGCCCAGAAUCCUUACCCCAUCUAUGCUGGCAUCAACGUCUGUCCCAAAGUCAAUGCUGAAGAUUUUGCAGAGUGGUGCGAAUUCACCCCCUACGAGGUUGGUCUCCCAAAGUAUGGGGCUUACAUUCCCACUGAGCUCUUUGGCUCCGAGUUCUUCAUGGGGCAGCUACUACGGGUGCAGCCGGAGCCCCGGAUCUGCUACCUGCAGGGCCUGUGGAGCAGUGCCUUUGCUGGCAGCCUGGAUGAGAUGUUUCUGAAGAUAGAUGGCUCGGGCUUUGGCUUCCUGGACAGGCACAGGGGCAGUGUGGACAUCCCAGACGACUGCCCAAGGCUGCAGGUGCAAGACCCGGCACGGCUGCGCACACGGAUCUUCACCCCGCAGACAGCCUUCUCUCAAGCUGUGCUGGACCUGUUCACCUCCCGCUUCACUUCCCCCGAGAGCGUCAACUUCAUCCGGGGCCUCUGCCUGCACCGUGACUAUGUAGCUAGCAGAGAGUUCAUGACCAGGAAAGCCACACACCUGGACACCCUCCCCAACCAGCUGACGCCCAUGCAGGACUGCCUGUGCCUGGUGGAUGCAGGCUUCGCCAUCAACUUGCCCUUCCCACUGGCCCUGCGGCCCCAGCGAGCUGUGGACCUCAUUCUGUCCUUUGACUACUCAUUGGACAGGCCCUUUCAGGCUUUAAAGCAAACGGAGAAGUACUGCCUGGAGCAUGGCAUCCCCUUCCCCAGCAUCGUGUUGGGCCCUGACGACAUGGUGCAGCCCCAAGAGUGCUAUCUGUUUGUGGAAGCCAACGAUCCCCGCUCGCCCAUCGUGCUGCACUUCCCCCUGGUCAACCGCACCUUUCGCACGCACCUGGCCCCAGGUGUGGAGCGGCAAACAGCCCAAGACAAGGCAUUUGGGGACUUUGCCAUCCACGGGCCAGACACCCCCUACGGCUUGACUGACUUCACCUUUGAGCCUGAGGAGUUUGACCGGUUGGUGGCCCUAAGUAGAUACAACGUCCUCAACAAUGUAGAUUCCGUGAAGCGAGCCCUCCAACUGGCUCUGGACCGGAGGCGAGCCCCACACAGCAUGGCUGGCCAGGAGGGUUGUGGCACAGAAGGGAGGCUGGGGGGCUCUGGGCCAGGAGUGGGUAGAUUCUAGGGGUGGCUCCCGUUGCCCACCCCUUCGCAGGGAGCUCAGCAGAAUUACACCAUGGAUGUGGGACAGUAUCUUCUCCACAUAUUUCUUGGACGUGAUGGGUGGGUAAUCUCUCCAAGGGCCAUCGGAGAUGUCAGGCAGAACAGAGCAGGACUCAUUUCACAGUGCACUGUGCUGAAACACACGAGAGGGUAGCAGAAGGUCUGGGCUUCCUAGGCCUCACCAGAACAGGAGCCCUGAAAGCUGGCAUGCAGACUGGUUUCUGCAAACAGGGCCAGUCCCCCACUCUGCCCUUCCCACGCUAUACUCUGGAUGCAGUGCUGUCAGAAUAAAGAGGGGUCAUCAGUGUCACUGACCCCACAGCAGGCA